AUGGCGCUGAGGAAGGUACCGGUGCUCGUUCUGGCGCAGCUCAGUGAGCAGAUGGGGAUGGGAGACUACAGCUCUGGCUCGGUCCUGGCUCCGUCCUCAGGCCUGGCCCCGGCGCUUAGCAGCAAAUCCAAACUGGAACCCGGAGAGGGAAGCAUUCAGGGCGGAUGGCGAGCACAGGAGGGGCUGGCUCCAAACGCUGUCUGCUCCAUUCUGCAAAACGCCUGUUGA